AUGAAACUAAAACAACAGUUCAUUGAUGGAAAUUUUACUUUCCCUACCGCAACUGUAAAAUUGCCAUCCCUCGAACUUGGCAUAUUCCGUGUUGAGACUUCAUCCAAAGGGGUCACACCAUCAAAGAUCAGACUAAUUCGAAUGUCACUAGAUGUACUGUCUUCCGGAAAAUCAGGAAAAAAUUCUGACAAGAAGGCAGAAUCUAAUAUGAUAUCAAAUCCUUCAUCAGUGACAAAUACAACUUCAAUUUUAAAUAAUGAUCGACACAGUGUUUCACCAAAGAGGUUAGUAGUCGCUGAGCGAAUUUUAGAUUGGGAGUCUGUCGCUAAUAAUUUGCACUACGACCAACACAGAAGAGUGGAAACAGAUGAUGAAGAGGAAGCUGUAAGAUGGAAGCUAGUAGCAUAUCAUCCGCAUUUCCUAGCGCAAACGUCUGUACGAGUGGAACUGAUAUAA